CGGCCGUCCCGGCGCCGUUCCGGGGCGAUGCCGGUCCCGGCCCUGCCGGGCCAUGGAGAUCCGCUGCGGGGGUCUCCUCUUCAGCUCCCGCUUCGACUCGGGGAACCUGGCACACGUAGAACAGGUGCGGCCUACGGAGCUGGGGGGCGGCCCCGCCGCCCGCGCCAACGCUCUCCCCGCCGCCGAUUACGAGUUCAAUGUGUGGACGCAGCCCGACUGCGCCCACACUGAGUAUGAGAACAGCAACAGGUCCUGGUUCUACUUCAGCGUGCGCGGGGGUGCCCCGGGGAAGCUGAUCAAGCUGCACAUCCUGAACAUGAACAAGCAGAGCCGGCUGUACGCGCAGGGCAUGACCCCCUUCGUGCGCACCCUGCCCGUGCGCCCGCGCUGGGAGCGCAUCCGGCAGCGCCCCAGCUUCCAGGUGGUGAAGACGCAGUUCGUGCUGUCCUUUGUGCACCGCUUCCUGGAGCACCGCGGGGCCACCACCUACUUUGCCUUCUGUUACCCCUUCUCCUACACGGAGUGCCAGGACAUGCUGGCACAGCUGGACGGCCGCUUCCAGGACUGCAGGCACAUGUCCCCCAGCAGCCCCCUCGACUCGGUCUACUACCACCGGGAGCUGCUCUGCCACUCUCUGGACAAGCUGCGUGUGGACCUGCUGACCAUCACCUCAUGCCAUGGCAUGCAGGAGAAGAGGGAGCCCCGGCUGGACAAGCUUUUCCCGGACACCAGCACACCCCGGCCUCGCUGCUUCACUGGAAAGAGGGUGUUUUUCCUCAGCAGCAGAGUCCACCCAGGAGAAACCCCCUCCAGCUUCGUCUUCAACGGCUUCCUGGACUUCAUCCUGCGGGAAGAGGAUCCCCGUGCCCAAAUGCUGCGGAGGAUGUUUGUCUUCAAGCUCAUCCCCAUGCUGAAUCCCGACGGGGUGGUGCGGGGCCACUACCGAACCGACUCGCGCGGGGUGAACCUGAACCGGCAGUACCUGCACCCCGACGCCGAGCUGCACCCUGCGGUGUACGGCGCCAAAGCCGUCCUGCUCUACCACCACGUCCACAGCCGCGUCCUGCCGGGCUCUCCGGACUGGAGGACGUUUGUCUCCCCGCUCAGCACCAGCUCGCUGAGCUUAAAAUCUCCCAACUGUCCCACCCCGGCCGUGGAGGCCAUGUUAUCGGAGCUGGACAAAACCAACAACCUCCGCAACUCCCCCGGUGCCUGGCGUGCCGGCGGCCGCUCCUGCCCGGCCCGGGAUGCCCAGCUGCCAGACGGCGCGGAGCAAGGCGCCCGGAUCCUCCCGUCCAGCCACGGCACCGAGCACUGUGAGGAGGGGCCGUGGGCGCCUCCCCCGGCCCCCAGCCCCGAAGCUGCUGAGCCCCCAGAGCCCAUUGCACCCCGGGACAGCGGCCUGGCUUACUACGUGGACCUGCACGGCCACGCGUCCAAGCGCGGCUGCUUCAUGUACGGCAACAGCUUCAGCGACGAGAACGACCAGGUGGAGAACAUGCUGUUCCCCAAACUCAUCUCCCUGAACUCCCCUCACUUUGACUUCACGGGCUGCAACUUCUCGGAGAAGAACAUGUACGCCCGGGACAAGCGGGACGGGCAGUCCAAGGAGGGCAGCGGGCGCGUGGCCGUCUACAAGGCCCUGGGCAUCAUCCACAGCUACACCCUGGAGUGCAACUACAACACGGGGCGCUCGGUGAACAGCAUCCCGGGGGCGUGCCACGACAACGGCCGUGCCAGCCCCCCGCCACCGCCCGCCUUCCCGUCCCGGUACACCGUGGAGCUCUUCGAGCAGGUGGGCCGGGCGGUGGCGGUGGCGGCCCUGGACAUGGCCGAGUGCAACCCCUGGCCGCGGAUCGUGCUCUCGGAGCACGCCUGCCUGGGCAACCUGCGCGCCUGGAUGCUGAAGCACGUGCGGGGGCUGCGCGGCGCCGGCGGGGGCCCGCGGAGGAGAGGAGGUGCCAGGAUCCCCCCCAGGAGCUCCACCGGGCUGCCCACCUCGGCCUCUGACAACGCACUGGCCCGGGCCAGGAGCUUCAGCAACGGCACCAGUGGGAGCUGGGGCAGCCAGCAGGACUCGCCCCGGAUCCGAGCCUCCCCCAGCUUCACCUUCGGCAGCCCCAGGCCCCCGGCCGCGGCCUCCCAGAGCCCCCCGAGUGGCGGCAGCGCCCCGGCCCUGGGCAGAGGGACUCUGCCCAUGGGCACCGGGGCGGCGCUGAGAACCAGACCACAGGAGACCCCGCGAGGUGUGAAGGAGUUCCAGGCACCUCUGCAGGUGCUCCCAAUGAAGCUGAAUGCCCGGAGAGCUCCAGAAAGACCUGGGGCUCUGCCCAGAGGCCCCCGUGCCCCCCGCGAGAGUGCUGAGCACCGAGGGACCCUUCCCGCGCUGGGGCAGAGGCCCGUGCCCACAGGCCCGGCCCCGCUGUACCGGGCAGGGGUGCCCCGGCCCUGCCCCGCCCCGUGCCGGCAGCACCUGGCCAAGGGCAGCGUGUCCCUGCCCCCGCCGCUGUGCCCCACUGCAGCGCCCCAACACCGAUCCCCCCUGGCACAGCUCCUGCCAGCGCCGCCUCUCCUCCUGCGCUGAGCCCCGGACCG